AUGAACUACGAGAAUUAUGACCCUUCUUUCCCUGAUCAACCUGUGGUCGAUCUCUACCUCCCAGUAUGGGCUAACCUACCAUCCUUUCGGUCCAAGCCAGCCUUCAUUUGGGCUGAAGAUGGCUCAAAUGGUGCAACCAAGAAUUCAAGCAUCACUUAUGCUCAGCUCAAUGAAUCAGUUCACUCAAUUUCUACCCAGUUACUUACUCAAUUGCAAAGAGGUGACGCUGUCGUGAUUUUAUGCUCACCUGGGUUAGAGCUUGUUGAGAUCAUCUUUGGGUGCCAAAGAGCUGGCCUUUUGUCCAUCCCUGUGUUCCCACCAGACCCUUCUUUCACUAAAGAAAACUAUCACCAUCUUGUUAGAGUUCUGUCCCAGACAAAGCCCAAAGCUGCCAUAGCGCACCAUGAUUACAUUGCCAGAGUUCAACACUACAUCUCCCUGUCCUCUGACAAUCAUAAGCUUGCAGAGAUGUUGCAAAAGCUCACCUGGAUCUCCACUUCUGAUAUCAAAGACAAGAAAGUGAGUUCAAAUAUGGGCUCAUUGCCUUAUAAUGGCUGCAGACCAAAUGAAUUGUACUUAAUCCAAUACACUUCAGGUGCUACAGGGAUUCCAAAACCUGUGCUGGUAACAGCAGGAGCAGCUGCUCACAAUGUGAGAGUAGCCAGGAAAGCCUACGAUCUCUAUCCGAACAGUGUUAUUGUCUCUUGGUUGCCUCAGUACCAUGACUGUGGCCUGCAGUUUUUGUUAUUGACUAUCAUAUCUGGUGCAACGAGUGUGCUAACAUCACCUGGCGCCUUUGUGAACCGGCCUGGGCUAUGGCUUGAGCUGAUUUCAAAGUUCCAAGCCACUUGCACUCCAGUUCCAUCAUUCUCAUUACCACUUGUUAUAAAGCGUGGUGGGGUUGAUAAAGGAACUCAGCCUGUAAGUUUAUGGAGUUUGAAAAACUUAAUCAUCAUCAAUGAGCCUAUUUACAAAGCAUCGGUUGACAGGUUCGUCGAAAUGUUUAAGCCUUUUGGGCUAAACCCAUCAUGCAUUUCUCCAUCUUAUGGCUUGGCAGAAAACGGCACCUUUGUUUCAACAGCAUGGAGAGGCAACUGCAGCAAUGCUGCUAGCUUUCCACACAUCCCAUCACACAACAAGCUCUUGCCAUGUGCAAGGCUUGCUUCUCAAAGUGAAGAAGAAGAGGACAUGGACAUUAUAGUUGUAGACGAAGAAACUUGCGAACUUGUUGUGGAUGGAACGGAAGGUGAGAUUUGGGUCUCAUCUCCAAGCAACUGCUCAGGUUACCUUGGCCACCCAUCUUUAACUCGAGAGAUAUUUCAAGCAAGACCAAGGAACAAGGUGAGCCGGUGCUUUGUCCGCACAGGCGAUAGAGGAAUCAUCAAAGGAGAAGAAAGGUUUCUCUACGUGACCGGUCGGUGUUCAGAUGUUAUCAAACUCCCAAACAAUCAAGAAAUACACCCUCAUUUCAUAGAGACAGCUGCUCAGAAUAGUUGUCAAAAGUUUCUCAGAGGAGGUUGCCUUGCUGCAUUUGAGAUGUCAAGCACUAUUGUUCUUGUUGCAGAGAUUCAAAGACACGGAAAGGAUGUUAAGGUAUUGAAACAAAUCUGUGAGUGGGCCAAGAAAGCUGUUCUGAAGGAAGAGAAUGUUGAAAUUGGCUUGAUGGUUCUAGUUAAGAGCGGAAGUGUUCCGAAAACAACUUCAGGGAAGAUUCAAAGAUGGGCUGCCAAGGAUAUGCUGAUGAGAGGCAAAAUGAGUGUGGUAAUGGAGACGCAGUUCGAGGACAGCAAUGCAAGAUUCUUGACAUCGUACGAGGCAAUAGGUAAAGCAAAUAAAGAGAUCAGAUGUCAAGGGGGAAACAGAACAAGUACUGUUGCUGAAGAUAGAGAUCUAGAAAUCUCCCUAGCAUUUUCAAGCACUCGAAGGCGUCCCCCAUUGCGUUCUCUUCUGUGA